AAUGUCGACGCGAAAAAAGGUUUUAAUCCAUUAGUCAGAAAGUCUGGCGUUCUUUGUUGUUGGAAAAUCGCAAUUGGAGUCUGCAAAAGCGGGAUUUGGCGUACGGAGUGCGACACGAGCGAGAUUAUGUAAAUGCAUCACCUGGAACGGCGACUGCAACACCAGACCAGAGCUGCUCUACCUAGCCAAUCACACAGACACGGUGGCGUUGGCGUUGGCGUUGACGACACAAAGUGAAACCAGCGCAGCAGAGAGCAGAGAGGGGAAAGUCAGCGUCAGCAGCACCCAAAACACGCACACGACAAACACAAAAGUAGGAGGAGAAUCUCUGAGAACCGAACUGUAAACAGAGGGAAGAACAGAAAGCUGUCGGAAUGGACAAUUGCGACCAGGACGCAGGCUUCCGGCUGGGCCACAUCAAGGAGGAGGUCAAGCCGGACAUCUCGCAGCUGAAUGACAGCAAUAACAGCAGCUUUUCGCCCAAAGCGGAGAGCCCAGGCCCCUUUUUGCAGAACAUGUCCAUGGUGCACGUGAUGCCAUCGGGCAACAGCAGCGAAAAUCAGGGCCAAAUGGCACAGGCGUCCGCGGGCGGGGCCUCAGCCCAACAGCAGUAUCCGCCGAACCACCCGCUAAGCGGCUCUAAGCACCUGUGCUCCAUCUGUGGCGACCGGGCCAGUGGAAAGCACUACGGCGUCUACAGCUGUGAGGGCUGCAAAGGCUUCUUCAAGCGCACGGUGCGAAAGGAUCUCACAUACGCAUGCCGCGAGAACCGCAACUGCAUCAUCGAUAAGCGCCAGCGGAACCGCUGCCAGUACUGCCGCUACCAGAAGUGUCUAUCCUGCGGCAUGAAGCGCGAGGCUGUGCAAGAGGAGCGGCAGCGCGGCGCCCGCAGUGCAGCGGGCAGGCUAAGUGCUGGUGGCGGAUCUGUCGGUGGUGGCAGCGUCGGCUCUGGCAGUGGCGGUGGCGGAGGAAGCGGCGGCAGUGUGGGCGGCAACGGAGCGGACGAGUUCAUGGCCAACAACGUCUCCCGAGACUUCACCAUUGAGCGGCUACUGGAUGCCGAGCAGCGGGCGGAAGCACAAAGCGGCGAUCGGGCUCUGGCCUUCCUGCGGGUGGGCCCCAACUCGACCGUGCAGCCGGACUACAAGGGGGCCGUGUCGGCCCUGUGCCAGGUGGUGAACAAACAGCUCUACCAGAUGGUGGAGUACGCUCGCCUCAUGCCGCACUUUGCACAGCUGCCGCUGGAUGACCAGGUGAUCCUGCUGAAGGCUGCUUGGAACGAGCUGUUGAUCGCCAACGUGGCCUGGUGCAGUAUUGUGUCGCUGGACGAUGCCAUGGCCACCGGCAUGGGCCACGACAGCGCCUUCGAACGGCGAUCGCCGGUGCUGCAACCGCAACAGCUGUUUCUCAACCAGAGCUUCUCCUACCAUCGCAACAGCGCCAUCAAGGCGGGCGUCUCCACUAUCUUCGAUCGCAUCCUCUCCGAGCUGAGCGUAAAGAUGAAGCGCCUCAACCUUGACCGCCGCGAGCUGGCUUGCCUCAAGGCCAUCAUCCUGUACAACCCGGACAUGCGCGGCAUUAAGAACCGCGCCGAGAUCGAGAUUUGCCGUGAGAAGGUCUACGCCUGCCUGGACGAGCACUGCCGCGUCGAGCAUCCCGGCGACGAUGGCCGCUUUGCCCAGCUUCUGCUGCGCCUGCCCGCGCUGCGCUCCAUCAGUCUGAAGUGUCUCGAUCAUCUCUUUUUCUUCCGCAUCAUCAGCGAUCGGCCACUGGAGGAGCUCUUUAUCGAGCAGCUCGAGUCGCAGCCCCCUCCCGGCCUCACGCUGAAGCCCGAAUGAGCGGCGUGCUGCCCAUCGAAUGUUUCAUUGUGAUUGCGUUGUUUGCAUUUCUCCCUCCUGGUCCUGAUCCUCCUGUUACCUUCGAUCCAAUCCUCCCUCCCUCCCUCCCCUCUUAAUAUUACGCAAA